AUGGAGGGAGUACAAGGCGACCUUAAGAACCCCACAACACUCGCUACGGACCCUUCGCACGCGCAACUCUCUCCGACCCAACCCCUCCCAGUCGAGACCAUCACGCACAUCCUCGCCGAGGGAAUACAUCACCGCUGCAAAUGGUCUUCAAUAUCGACCCUCGCGAAGGCGUUCGAAGGGAGCGGGAGCGACGGCUGUUGGGAGAGCGUGCGGUUAAGAGAGGAGGACAUGUGGACGGCGCCGAUGCGGAGCAAGAAAUGGAAGAGGGUGAGACGGCUGGACUUCAGCAAGGGGCAAUCGGAACUCCCUGCGGCAGCGGAGGCUGUCCUCAAGGGCCUCAUCUUGCCCGCCUGCACCCAACUUGCAUCCCUCGACCUCGUCGUCUCGCCCUACAUCUUGUCCGACGCCUCGCCGGCUCAAUGCGCGAUGCCGACGCCGCACUCUCUCUCGCUCACCAUCAGGCGAUCCUACACGUGCGACUCGUCAAUCCUCCUCUCAGACCUCGUCGGCUUCGUAUCGGCCUUCCCCAACAUCUCGACUCUCACGAUCCGAAAUCCCGACUGCAUCGUCGACGGCGCAGGCGUAGAACCAAUACAGCUCGCACAGCCGUUCCAGCUCACGUCACUCGCACUAAAUGCGGAGGACUACGACGAGAUGAACGACGACUGCGCCCCGUUCAGACUGUCAUCCCUCGUCGCAUCACUCCUCUCACCCUCAUUCUGCGACUCGACAUCUCUCCGCUCCCUCAGCAUCGGCGGGAGCCCGCACUCGCUCCACUCCUACGUCCACGCCGUCACCGCGUUCCCUCGCAUCAACAAGCUCUCGCUUGUCGGCCUGCCGGAGGAUCGAGGGUCAGAAUGGGGCUUUGACAGUAUUCCGGGCAGCCUCGUCAGCUUCAUCGUUGCCAUCCUACCACGCCUGCAACACCUCGAGAUCAUCUACACAGAGUCGCACAAUCCAGAGGUCGGUGAGCCGUCCUACGAGCUCCUCCCGACGAGCACGACACACGCCCUUCUUGCCGCGCUUUCAGCCUCGUCCUCGUUGACGACCUUCGACAGCGACCUAUGCGUGAAGAUGAGCGCAAUCAGAUCGGGGUUGCAACUGCUCGAAGGCGCGCCGCUCAAGACGAUGCGUUGGAGACUGGGCAUGGAUCGGAACGAGGAGGGCUUCCAGCGGGUGGGUGGGAACUGGCUGAGGGGGAGCGGGGUGAUCCUUCGCAACCUCGGUGUCCGACGCCGGUGCGAGGCUUGA